CUACAGAAUAUUACUAUUCAGACAUGCCCAUCAAUGACGUCAAUAAUUUUCAAGCCUACUACACCCUACCCCGGCCAAACCUGAUGCGAGGAACCAACUGAAGCCUCAACCGAAGGGUUGACAUCCAAAAUCAAAGCAAACUACCGGACUGACCUCAGACACCAUGGCCGACAAACAUGGAUCCACCUGUCUCAUGGUUGUAGUCAUCCUGGGGAACUUGUUUGCAGCUGCUGCAGGUCUUGCGUUGUGUGCACUGGCUAUCUGGGUGGCUGUGGAUAGCUACGGGCUCUACCCGCUUGCCAAAUGGUCAGGGAAAGAUGACAUUUUUGCCGGUGCCUGGAUUGCCAUUUUCACAGGCUUCGCCUUCUUCUGCACUUGCAUAUUUGGAGCCCUGGCUGCCCAGAGAAGGAGCAAGGGACUCAUGUUGACGUACCUCAUCUUCAUGCUGAUCAUCUUCAUAUUUGAGUGUGCUUCCUGCAUCACUGCAGUCACCCACAGGGACUAUCUGGUUGGGAACAGCAACCUACUGAAGAAACAGAUGUUGACGUAUUAUGCUGCUGAUGGCAACGCCGGCAGUGAAAUCACCCUAACUUGGAACCGACUCAUGAAAGACGCCCAGUGUUGUGGUGCAGACAGCCCGGUGGACUGGAUAGAGUACAACUCUACCUUCAGGGAGACAUUUGGGACGGCGUACCCAUGGCCGCUUCACUGCUGCCGGAGGAAGAAUAACUACGAGAUUGUAGAUUUGGAGUCCUGCAAAGUGGGCCAGGCCAGCGUCAUGUUUACCCAGGGUUGUUUCAAUUAUAUCGAAUCAGUGUUCAAUCGCUACACCUGGGCUGUCAGCUGGUACGGCUUUGCUGUUCUUAUGUUCAUAUUCUGGCUAAUGCUCCUGGCAAUGAUCUACUACGUCAUGCUGUAAGACCAGGAGACGUCUGAUGAUCUACUACGUCAUGCUGUAAGACCAGGAGACGUCUGAUGAUCUACUACGUCAUGCUGUAAGACCAGGAGACAUCUGAUGAUCUACUACGUCAUGCUGUAAGACCAGGAGACGUCUGAUGAUCUACUACGUCAUGCUGUAAGACCAAGAGAUCUCUGAUGCACCACCCACGGUACACAACACAACGUAUCUCAAAGACAUAAGAAAGUUGGGUGAAUAUAUUAUGUUCAUAUAUCAGUAUAUUUUUAUGGUAUUUUUAUGGGUUAGUUUAUUCUUUUUAUAUUCUGUUGCUUUCAUAAUGCACUGUAACAGCUUCACAAACUGAACUUAGUAUGUUAGUAAAAUGUGGUGCUUUUGUAACUGACCGACUGUGCUUUUCUCAUUAAAGAUUGCAUUUGAGUCCAAAACAAUUCUUAAAGGGGAUGUAUGUGGCUGUACAUUUCACGUGUCCCAAUUUCAAAUAUUUUCACUUGCCAAAAGAAUAUUUACAAGAUCGUAUUUAUUUAUAUAACAUUUCUUUUUUCAAACUCUAAUUGAAUAUGCAUUUGUAAAAAUGAAAAUAAA